GCACCGCCCCGCGCCGGAGCUGCCGCUGUCCGCAACGGGCCCGCGCAGCGCAGGGGGCCCGCAGCCCUCACCAUGUUCCCCCGGCCGCCGCCCCUCUCCUGCGACACCUUCGUGGCGCUGCCGCCCGCCGCACCUGGGGGCCGCGUGGUGUUCGGGAAGAACUCGGACCGGCCGGCAGAUGAGGUGCAGGAGGUCGUGCACUUCCCGGCCGCCGCGCACCCGCCCGGCGCCGCGCUGGAGUGCACCUACAUCAGCAUCGAGCAGGUGGAGAGGACCCACGCCGUGGUCCUGAGCCGCCCCUCCUGGCUCUGGGGGGCCGAGAUGGGCGCCAACGAGCACGGCGUGUGCAUCGGCAACGAGGCGGUGUGGGGCAGGGAAGAGGUCUGCGAUGGGGAAGCUCUCCUCGGCAUGGACCUCGUAAGGCUUGGACUUGAGAGAGCGGACACAGCUGAAAAGGCUCUUAGUGUCAUAGUUGAUUUGCUGGAAAAAUAUGGACAGGGAGGAAACUGUAUGGAGAGCAACAUGGUAUUUACAUACCACAACAGUUUUCUGAUAGCCGACAGAAAGGAAGCAUGGGUGCUGGAGACAUCAGGAAAAUACUGGGCAGCAGAAAAAGUAGAAGGAGGUGUACGGAAUAUUUCUAACCAGCUCUCUAUCACAACCAAGAUUGACAGAGAACACCCAGAAUUGAAGGAAUAUGCCAAAAGCAAUGGCUGGUGGGAUGGGAAAAAGGAAUUUGAUUUUGCUGCCACAUAUUCUUAUGUCAAUACUGCCAGAAUGACCACAUCCAGAGGUCGAUAUUGUGAAGGCUAUAAACUUCUGAACAAACACAAAGGAUCUAUCACUUCUGAAAUAAUGAUGGAAAUUCUUCGUGACAAAGAGAGUGGCAUUAACAUGGAAGGUGGAUUUAUGACAACUGGCAGCAUGGUGUCUGUGCUGCCUCAACAGCCUAAUCUACCCUGUAUUCACUUCUUUACUGGAACUCCAGAUCCUGCCAGAUCUGUAUUCAAGCCUUUCAUUUUUGUGCCCGGUAUUACUCAGUUAUUAAAAACUACAUCCCCUACAUUUGGUCAUGAUGAUCCAGUUAAGAAGCAACCACGUUUUCAGAGUAAGCCAGAUCGAAGACAUGAGCUCUAUAAAAAACAUGAAAGUGCUGCUGUAGUUAUGGAAACUAUCAAGGACAAAGGUAAAGAAAUGCUCAAAGAGAUACAGGAGUUGGAGAAACAGAAGAUAAGUCAAAUGGAAUCAAUCCUGCAAAAUGGAUUCCUCGAUACUAAACAAGUAGUUAAUCUUUUUUCACAGUGUGUAGAAGAAGAACUCAAAAUAUAUGGCUAAGAAUAUUAUUUGAAUGUGGUAAAAUUUGGAUUAUAAUUGGGUUUUCUAAUGAAGAGGCUAUAUAGAUGAACAUCCUGUUUUCAGUAUAUCACAUAGCAUGGACAGUUUUAAAGUUGCAGAUUCAUAUUCAGGACAAAUGGCUUUUGAUUAUAAGAAGAAUACUGGAAAGGCUUCUGAGAGCCAGGUAGUGGCACUGUACAUGGCACAAAGCUGUCAGCAGAGAUUGAUUUUGCCAACAAACAGAUGCAAUUAGAAUGCAAUAGCUUGACUAAAUUAGUGAACAGCCCCAUCUCUGAAUGAAGAACACUAACUCAGCUCUGGAGAACCCAGUUCUAGCCUACAUAGCUUUCAUAGUCAGGAGAAUUGUAGCAGAAUUUCAGUCUACCUGAAUUAAAAUAGCCAUGCCAAAGACUUUCUAUGAUGAACCCUGAAGAAAAAAGAAAGUGACACACAAACCAAGGAAGAUUGAUACUCAGUUGUUUGGUAAAACCAUUCUAAGAUAAUUUCAUCUACAAACCUUCUACUCCUUCAAUGUAAAAUGAGGCUAAGAGUUCAAGGUAUAUUAGAAACAAAUCACAGUUACAAUAAUAAUAUUUUGCUGUGAGUGAUUGUGAAAUCUUAUUACAUGGAAUUCAGCAAUGCAAGCAUUCUGUAAGUUCCCCACAGAAUUCACUUUCCUGUCUACUUUUCCCACCCUGAUAAUGAAAAAUAAAUGUAUUUAUAUACAAGA